AUCCGAUAGAGGUCUUGAGAAUUGAACAACCUAUUUCGAUACCAGGUUAAUUUUAGUGUAGUUGAAGAAUCACAAGAUAAUUAUUUCCCUAAACUCUUUAUAUAAUUAAUUGUUAUCCAUAUUUUUUGGUAGAAUCCAUUAUUAUGAUUCCUUCCAUAAUUUUCUCCCCUAACUUGUGCAUUUCCUAGAGGUGAAGAUGUUCUAAUUAGGUGAGUAAGAACUUGCUUUGUUUAUAAACCUCCAAACUCUUGGAUUCUUUAUUCUCCACAAACUCAGGUAAAAAGGUAUCAAUCAUGGCAGAAUCCAUAGAUGAAAUCAGAGUGCCUCUCAUUUCAAAUGAAGAAUCAUUGAAUCCCACAAACCCAGAAUCCUCAUCCUCCUCAAAACCUCAAACAGGGGGCACCAAUGAAGAUGAAGAACCAGAGAACUCACCUGUAAAGCAAGUAGCUUUAACAGUACCAACUACAGACGACCCUUCUCUUCCAGUUCUGACAUUUCGGAUGUGGGUUUUGGGGAGUCUCUCAUGUGUUCUUCUCUCAUUCUUGAACCAGUUCUUCUGGUACAGAACAGAGCCUCUCACAAUCACAGCCAUUUCUGCACAAAUUGCAGUGGUCCCUUUAGGACAAUUAAUGGCAGCCAAAAUUACCGAAAGGGUUUUCUUCAAAGGGAGCUAUUGGGAGUUCACAUUGAAUCCUGGACCUUUCAAUGUUAAAGAACAUGUUUUGAUCACAAUCUUUGCAAAUUCUGGUGCUGGAAGUGUUUAUGCAAUCCAUAUUGUGACUAUUGUGAAGGUGUUCUACAAGCGCCACAUCACCUUCUUUGUUUCAUUCAUUGUUGUCAUCACUACCCAGGUAUUAGGGUUUGGUUGGGCUGGAAUUUUUAGAAGGUACUUGGUGGAACCUGCUGCAAUGUGGUGGCCAGCUAACCUUGUCCAAGUUUCUUUGUUCAGGGCUCUACAUGAGGAAGAGAAAAGGCCCAAGGGAGGGGUGACACGUAUCCAAUUCUUCUUGAUUGCCUUCAUGUGCAGUUUUGCUUACUAUGUAUUCCCAGGUUACCUGUUUGAGAUGCUCACAUCACUCUCCUGGAUAUGCUGGUUAUUCCCAAACUCUGUCCUGGCCCAGCAACUUGGUUCUGGGCUUUAUGGGCUAGGAAUUGGAGCUGUUGGGCUUGAUUGGUCCACCAUCUCUUCCUACCUUGGAAGCCCAUUAGCAAGCCCAUGGUUUGCCACAGCUAAUGUUGCUGCAGGAUUUGUGUUCGUCAUGUAUGUUUUGACUCCCAUAUGUUACUGGUUAAAUGUCUACAAGGCUAAAACAUUCCCAAUUUUCUCCGAUGAGCUCUUCAAAUCGAACGGCCAGGAGUACAACAUCACUACCAUCAUUGAUUCAAAUUUCCAUCUCGACGUCGCCGCCUACGAUCGAGAAGGACCUCUUUAUCUUAGCACAUUUUUUGCUGUUACAUAUGGGGUUGGUUUUGCUACAUUGACUGCCACUGUUGUACAUGUUGCCCUAUUUCAUGGAAGAGAAAUAUGGGAGCAAAGCAGAGCAAGUUUUAAGGAGACAAAGAUGGACAUACACACAAAGCUGAUGAGGAAGUAUAAGCAAGUCCCUGAGUGGUGGUUUGUGUGCGUUCUUUUGGCAAAUAUUGCAGUCACUAUAUUUGCUUGUGAGUAUUACAAUGAGCAGCUUCAAUUGCCUUGGUGGGGAGUUCUGUUAGCUUGUGGAAUUGCCAUUGUUUUCACUCUUCCUAUUGGAAUCAUCACUGCCAUCACAAAUCAGACACCAGGAUUGAAUAUAAUCACAGAAUACAUUAUUGGGUAUAUCUACCCGGGGUAUCCGGUCGCAAACGUCUGCUUCAAGGUUUAUGGCUAUAUAAGCAUGACACAGGCUGUUACUUUCCUGCAAGACUUCAAGCUUGGUCACUAUAUGAAAAUCCCUCCUAGAACAAUGUUCAUGGCACAGGUUGUCGGAACCAUCAUAGCCUGUGUAGUUUAUCUGGGAACAGCCUGGUGGCUACUGGAAACAAUCCCAGACAUAUGUGAGAGCACAUCAAGUGUUUGGACAUGUCCAAGUGACCGUGUCUUCUACGAUGCUUCUGUUAUCUGGGGUUUAAUCGGUCCUCGCCGGAUUUUUGGCGAUGAGGGGAUGUAUGAAGCAGUCAACUGGUUCUUUUUAGGAGGAGCAAUUGCUCCAAUCUUGGUCUGGUUAGCCUCCAAGGCAUUUCCAGAACAGGAGUGGAUUAGGCUCAUUAACAUGCCAGUCCUUGUAGGAGCCACAGCAAUGAUGCCACCAGCAACAGCAGUGAAUUACACUACUUGGAUCAUUGCAGGAUUCUUGUCUGGAUUUGUGGUUUAUAGGUAUCGGCCGGAUUUGUGGCAGAGAUACAAUUAUGUUCUAUCUGGUGCACUGGAUGCAGGGCUUGCUUUCAUGGGAGUGCUUAUAUAUUUUAGCUUGGGAUUGGAGAAUGUUAGCCUUGAUUGGUGGGGAAAUGACAUUGAUGGCUGUCCAUUGGCCUCUUGCCCUACUGCCAAAGGAGUUAUAAUUAAAGACUGCCCUGUUUUCAGCUGAACACGAGUAGAGUAGAUUUCAUGGUCUUUUGUGCUUAUGAUUUUGUCAAUUCACAUCAUUUUUUUGGCAAAAGGGUGGGUAGAGGCUACCAGUAUAAUAACCCUUUCUAGGCAUGAUCAUGAGAAUACUACAACUCCAACAAAGCAUUCUAAGUUAGCACAGUGACAUUUAGUUCACAAAGUUCUAGUCAGAAAUUAUUCGGAGGUCUUUGUGUAAUUGGUUGUAAUACAUAUAUCAUUACUGCUCAUUUAACAUUGAGAACAAAUUUCAGUUUGCUAGCAUUAUAAUUUCAUACUUCAUGAUAUUGGUGACUCGUGAAACAAAUAAUAUAUAUAUAUUAUGUU